AAUCGAAUUAUCCAAAGAAGAAAAAGAAAUGUCAACAUCCAAUCAAACCAUGUACGAAGCAAAAUUUGUAGUUGUUGGAGGUGGUAUUGCUGGUGUGUCUUGUAUUGAAACCUUAGCAUUUUUCUGUCAAACCGAAUCGAUAUUAUUGCUCACCGAGUCGCCGAUAAUUAAAGCAGCCACAAAUCUGGUUGCUCUCGGAAAAUCAUUAACACGUUUUGACAUUGAACAAAAGCAUGCAUCAAACCUACCGAAAAAUGUUCAAAUUAUAACAGAUCGUCUGCUUCAAAUCGACAGUCAUCACCGAAUCAUCCGAACUGCUGAACAAAACCAUCAAAUUAAAUACGAAUAUCUAUGCAUCUGUACGGGUGCUCGACCAAAAAUUGUCGAUCAAAUCAACGAAUCCAAUCAAAAGUACAUCUUGGGCAUUCGCGACACAGAAUCGGUUUGUGAUUUCGAGAAGCGCAUUCAAAACAAUCGUAAAAUUGUGAUUGUUGGAAAUGGUGGUAUUGCAUCAGAGCUUGUGUACGAAUUGAAGAAUAUUGCAAUCGAAUGGGUGGUCAAAGAUAAAUAUGUAUCACAAACGUUUGUCGAUCCAGGCGCAGCCACAUUUUUUCAAAAUCGCAUUAAAAACAAACAGACAGAAUCGACGUCAUCGACGGAUGAGAAUCGACCGCGGCUCGUCAAACGAAUGCGAUACACUGAAAAUACUGAUGAAACUGAAAAUAAGAGUGGCGCAGCCCUUGGCCCUGACUGGCAUACAUUAUUCAAUUUGACGGGAAAAUGUGAAGGUCUACCAGAAGCUGUUCGCAUUCAUUAUCAAACUGGCAUCAAAAAUAUCACCAUCAAUCCCAUUUGUGAUGAUCAAUUCCCAGUUCAAGUUACACUUGAAAAUGAUACUAUUUUGGAUUGUGAUUUUGUUGUAUCGGCUACAGGAGUUCUGCCAAACCUUAAUUUUACGAUGAUAGGUGAACAAUUUCGAUUUGGACCAGAUGGUGGUAUUUUUGUGAAUGAAUUAAUGGAAAGUUCGGUUUCAAAUAUCUAUGCAGCGGGUGAUGUGUGCUACGCUGGAUGGGACUGGACAAAUCACUGGUUUCAGAUGCGUUUGUGGACACAAGCACGACAAAUGGGAGCUAUGGCCGGCAAAAGUAUGGCUGCCAAAUAUAAAGAAGAAACGAUCUACCCAGACUUUUGUUUUGAACUGUUUGGGCAUGUAACUCAGCUUUUUGGAUAUCAAGUGGUUUUGCUUGGAAAAUAUAAUGGACAAGGUUUGGAUAAUAAAUAUGAAGCAUUAUUGCGCGUUACACAAGACAAAGAAUACAUAAAAUAUGUGCUGGUCGAUGGAAAAUUGCAAGGGGCUAUUCUGAUUGGCGAUACAGGACUUGAAGAGACAACGGAAAAUUUAAUUUUAAAUCAACUUGAUUUAACACCAUAUGGUGAUGAUAUUCUUAAUCCAGAUAUUGACAUUGAAGAUUAUUUUGAUUGAAAACAGAGUGUACACCAUUAUUUACCCUAUUUUAAUUGAAUUAAAAUAUAUUACAAAAAAAUA